AGGCGGCCGGCAGUUGACGGUUUCUUUUUAAAGAGAGGCGGUUGGGCUCGACGCCUCGCAUGUCGCGGAGGCGUCUCUCGGUCCCCCCGGGGCUUAGCCGGCGGCAGGACCAGGCGCUGAGCGGCACCAUGCGUCUGGUGAGGGAGCUGGGGCCCACCGCUUUCGUCCUGCAGGAGGAAGAGCAGCGGGCGGCGGAGCACCGGGUUUUUCUGGGGAAUCCUCACUCGUGCAGCUGCUCAAUAUUUGUGAAAGAAAAGGAUCUUUGUAAACAUAUCUGCUGGUUAUUGCUGAAAAAAUUCAAACUUCCCAGAGACCAUGAAUAUGCUCUACAGUUGGGUCUUGUGGAAAGAGAAAUUAACCAAGUGCUUCAGGGUCUACAAGUUGCUCCCCAACCAAAGGUAUCUGCUAAUUCCACCAAGGAGCUGCAAACAGCUGAUGAUGGGUACAUUAAACAAAAACAAAUUGAUGAUGAGGAUGUGUGCCCUAUUUGCCAGGACAAGCUGCUGAAGAGAAUGCUUCCUGUCACUUACUGCAGGUUUGGUUGUGGCAACAACAUACACAUAGUAUGUAUGAAGAUCUGGGCUGAUCAUCAGAUCGAGUUAGAAAAAGAUUCUUUGGUGAAGUGUCCCCUGUGUAGGGAAGAUUUUGCACCGUUGAAACUUAUAUUGGAAGAAUUCAGAAACAGCAAAAGACUCAUCACUGUAGCAGAGAAGCAGCAUCUUGACAGACAUCUUGGAAUCCCUUGCAAUAAUUGCAGGGUAUGUCCCAUUGAAGGCAAUUGUUACAAGUGCACCGAGUGUAGUGAAUAUCACCUAUGCCAUGGAUGUUUUAGAAGAUUUUGUCAUCCUUCACAUAGCUUUGCUUUUCGUGAGAAAAGGAAUCAGAGAUGGAGGUCAGUUGAACCAGUAACACAACUAUCAACUUCAGAAAAUCUGCAGAGUUUUACUCCAGAGAACUCUAAAGAGGAAAAACACAGGGAUAACUGCAUACCAGAGGGUAUAAUAAACUCAUUACCUACUGUGCUGGUUGGAAGAUGUAGCAGUUUACUUGAUCCAGGCUUGCAAUGUAGACUCUGCUUGAAGAUCUUUCACCUUGGCCAAAUGACAAGAUUCUUGCCGUGUAAUCACAAGUUCCAUAGGAAAUGCAUUGACCAUUGGUUGCACAAAGAAAAUGCCUGCCCUAUUGACGGACACAUUGUGUAUAAUCCAUUAACCUGGGAGAAUGUACGAAGCAAAGGCAAAGUAACACCAAUUAUGUCUCAAGCAAAGAAUAAGUUUACAAAGCAGGAUGAGCAGGAGCUUUUUAUACCAGGGACAGGAUUGCUUGUCAAGCAAAUGAAACCUGGCCAUGUUCUUGAGAAGUCUCAAAGUCAAAUUCAAGUGCGUUGUAAGAAGAAAAAUAAUUCAGAAUGUGAAGAGAGUCUAACACGGAAUGGCUUCAACUGUACUUGUACAAGAAGCUCUGCUUCUAGCCAGCACAGUACUCAGAAAAUCAGAAAUUUGAAGUUUUCUAGAUAUGCUAAGGGUUUGUCUCUUAUUCCAAAGCCUCAUGCUGAUGUGUUUACACAGGAGGCAAUUGGCACUGCCUUGAGAGGUUUAUCUGUAACUCGAAAUGCCUUUUAAAUUUCCAUUCUGUGCACAUUUACUUGGGAGUAAGCCCCAUUGAACUGAGUAGGACUUACUUCUGAGUAAAUGUUUAUAGGAUCAGGAUGCAAGUUUAAGAUAUUUCAAAAGAACUAUUUGAAUUUAUUAUAUUCUUUUUCGCUCCUAUCUCAUAUUAGGAGGAAUCUGCGAAAUAGCCAGCUUGGCUUAACUCAGUACUUAAUCUUACAGCAAAUUAUGUCUGGCAACAUUAUGCCUGCACAAGUCAUAUACAUCCAUAUUGUUUCCGUUAAACAUGAUGAGAAAAAAAUCUGUUAAUGUAUAAAGCAUUAAGACAUAAAUUUGCCAUUUAAAUUUUGACAUUAAUAAAAAAAAAUUCAUUUGAUCCUGCAUAUCAAAAAUUAGAGAGGAAGUCAUGUGCACAAAUGACUGCUGUGCAUGUUUUCCCUCCUGAUUUAGCAGCUGGAACUGCAGAUAUGUGCCAUUUUAAAAAGUUUUGAAGCAUCAUAUAGUGGCUGCUCAUGUGGGCAAAACAGAGGGUUGAGGUUUUUCCCUCCCUCAGGUUUUUACUUUUAAAAAGUUUACAUAUGUGCUGUGUUGAAUUGGAGCCACUACUUCUACAGCACUUCGUUUUACGUAAGUACUCAGAAACAUGUAUAGUGGAUGAAUGAACUCAGAACUACACCAUAAGGCACCAGGAAGUUUCAAGCAAAGGUUCAGAGCAUAUCAUAAGGAGCCUGAAAUUGCAAGAGAAUAGGUAUUAAUGAAGAAUUCCUUAAUUUUGAUCCCCUUGCCUUGGUUUGUCAGGUGAGAUUGUUUUACAAAAUUUGCGAGUAGCUGCUGGGUAACAUUCCUAGGAAUGGAAGCCAAGCUUAGCAUAUCUGCUGCUUUGUUAAUUUAUAUCUGUUUUUAUUAAUACAGCUCAUUUAUUGGGCAAUGCUUAUUUCAAGCAAGUAUACACAGACCCUAAUGUGCAUCCUUAAAAUCAGUUGAUAAAAACAUGAAUCUUCUUUGUUCAUAGAAGUGGAAAAAUGAAUUAAAAUAUUAUCUUCCACAAUGAAAGAACACCCAGCUUUAUUUUGUAACAUCAAGAAAAAAAUUAUUAACUAACAUGUCUCUAUGCAUCUUUUGGUUUUCAUUAAAAAAAAAAAAUACCAUAAGGUUCCA